AUGUGGCACAUUGGUAUUUAUGUUGCAGCCUUGGUUUUAAUACCCAUCGCUCACCACUGGAUGCGCAAAUGGAGGAACCCUAGAUGUAAUGGGAGGCUCCCUCCAGGUUCUAUGGGCUUGCCACUUAUUGGAGAGACUAUUCAAUUCUUCAUACCCAGCAAGUCUUUAGAUGUUCCUACUUUUGUGAAAAAAAGACUCAAAAACUAUGGCCCAAUUUUCAAAACAAGCUUGGCUGGUCGACCAGUGGUCGUGUCAUCAGAUGCUGAUUUCAAUUAUUUUAUUUUUCAACAAGAAGGGAAGUUGGUAGAGUUAUGGUAUAUGGAUUCCUUUGCUGAGCUUCUUGGUCUAAACAGUUCACUUCGAGAUGGUUUACUAGGAUAUGUUCACAAGUACCUCAAAAAAUCGGUGGCUGAACAUUUUGGUCCUGAGAUCCUCAAAGGAAAGGUCCUUCCUCAAUUGGAAGAAAUGGCCAGUCGGACUCUAGAUGCUUGGACAAGGCAGGAAGUUUUGGAAACGAAACAUGCAUGUUCAGCGAUGAUAUUGAAUUUCACUUCAAAGUUGCUGUUUGACUAUGACCAUGAAAAAUCCAAAGAAAAUCUAAGCGAAACACUUACAAGCAUAACCCAAGGGCUGAUGUCCUUUCCUUUGAAUAUACCUGGCAGUUCCUUUCACAAGUCUUUACAGAAUCGGAAGAAACUUUUGAAGAUGAUAAGGGAUAUGAUAGAGGAAAGACAAGCAUAUCCUGAAACAAGGAGAGGGGACUUCCUUGACCACCUUAUAGAUGAUAUGAAAACCAAUAGUUUGUUGACAGAAAAUCUCAUUACUUAUGUCAUCUUUGCUCUUCUGCUUGCCACUUCUGAGACCAUCCCGACAACGUUAACUUUAGCAAUUAAGUUAUUGACCGAGCAUCCUCUAGUGAAAGAAAAUGUGGAACUUAUUUGCGGCAGGGAAAGUUCGGAAACUGGAAUUACCUGGAAGGAAUACAAAUCAAUGACUUUUACAAUGCAUGUAAGUCAGUACGUAGAAGAAGAAUUGAACCCUAAUUUUGUUUCCAGGGCAGAAGAGGAUCUGCAGGGGCAGCCUCCACCCCUCACGAAAGCCUCUUCUAAAAGAAUUAAUGUUAUCAACGAGGCACUGCGAAUGAGCGGUUCAGCGGGUAUAUUAAGAAGAACAAUCGAAGAUGUUCACAUAAAUGGAUAUAUAAUUCCAAAAGGCUGGGCAAUUCUAGUCAUCCCAUCUGCUCUUCAUUUGAACCCUGACACGUUUAGAGACCCUCUUACCUUCAAUCCAUGGCGAUGGAAGGAUUUGGAAGCAAAUUUAAGUGCGAAAAAUUUCAUACCUUUUGGAGGGGGAAUGAGGUCAUGCGGUGGAGCAGAGUACAGUAAAGUGUUAAUGGCAGUAUUUCUGCAAGCCUUGGUCACUAAAUAUAGGUGGACCAAGGUGAAGGGAGGAGAGAUUGUUAGGUCACCAAUUUUGGGAUUUGGAAAAGGGUAUUAUAUUGAGGUCUCAAAAAAUGCCGAAAGUGAUCAAAGCAUCGAAGGGUAA